GGUAAGGUUGGAUUAUUAUUAUUUUUUUGGUGUGUUUUCGUUUUGAGUUCAGUUCAGUUGACUUGAGUCGUGUUUCAUUCAUAUAGUUUAUUCCUUCCUUAACUUUUUACCUUUAAACAUUAUUUAUAAUUUGCAACGCGUGCCGUGCAAAACGAUCUGCGGAAAUUCGAUCGUUAUAGUUUUUAUUUUGAUGAAAUAUUAAUUUAAAGACCAAAAACUUUGUAUUUACAAUAAAAUAUAUACCUACAAACACAACGAAUUUUUUAUAUAUAUUUUUACACUGUUUGCCUGCCCUAGUAAUAAGUUUCGUACAUCGGUAGUUUAGCCGAUAAAGUAUUUUUUUACAUAUACACAUGUUAUCAGCCAGAGAUCAAUUUUUUUCCGCUACGGCGCCUUCAACAGCCGCUAUGGGCUUGGGUCUUGAAGUUGUCAGUGAAUCCCAGCCUCCAGUUUAUAACACCACAACAAUGCCUUUGUUAACAUCGAAUGGUCAUCUCGAUUAUAAGAAUGGCGGACGUACACCCGCAAAUUCACCCGUCGAAACACAGGCACCAACACUCAAAUCAGAAAUGGCCAAAGAUGGAGGACGUUUUUCGAAUUUACCCUCUCGUGAACCGAUCGAUAUGGAAUUUAAAAAUCUAUCGUUAACAGUUAAUUUGGGAUUUAGAAGAGGAAACAAAGAAAUUUUACACAAUGUUUCGGGAAAGUUUCCCGGUAGUCAAUUAAUUGCCAUUAUGGGACCUUCGGGAGCUGGUAAAUCUACACUGUUAGAUGCGCUAUCCGGUUUUAAGACAACCGGAGUAAAUGGUUCCUUAUUGGUGAAUGGAAGACGUAGAGAUUUGGCCACCUUUAGACGCAUGUCCUGCUAUAUAACGCAAGAUGAUCGUUUACAGCCAUUGCUGACAGUUAAUGAAAAUAUGCAUAUAGCAGCUGAUCUUAAAUUGGGACCCAAUGUUUCCUAUGAGGAAAAGGAAUCCAGAAUAGAAGAUAUUUUGCUAUUGCUGGGCUUAUAUGAACACGAUCAAACCAUGACAAAACGUUUAUCGGGCGGUCAAAAGAAGAGGCUUUCUAUAGCAAUGGAACUUAUUAAUAAUCCAACUGUGAUGUUUUUGGAUGAACCCACAACAGGUCUUGACAGUAGCUCUUGUACCAAAGUUUUAGAAUUAUGUAAAAAACUUGCCCAACAAGGACGUACCAUUAUUUGUACCAUCCAUCAACCCACUGCCAAAUUAUUCCAGAUUUUCGAUCAAGUCUAUGUUUUAGCUGCUGGUAAUUGUGUCUACCAGGGCAGUACCGAAAGAUUGGUGCCAUUUUUACAAACUGUCGAUUUACCUUGUCCCAUGUAUCACAAUCCAGCCGAUUAUAUAAUAGAAUUAGCCUGCGGUGAAUAUGGCCAGGAUAAGGUGGAAACCUUAAUAUCUGCCUCGGAAAAUGGCAAUUGUUUAACGUGGUUCAAUAAUCCCGAGAGUAUAUUAAAAUCGGAGGAACUAAUGCGUAAAUAUCCCAUACCGAAAAAGACAAAGAAACGUUCUUUGGAAGAUACUAGUUUUUUCAAUCAAUUAUCGGUUCUUAUGCAUCGUGGUUAUAUCAAAGCUAAACGUGAUACUACUUUAACACAUUUACGAAUUGGUGUUAAUGUUUUUGUGGCCAUUAUAUUGGGUGCCGUCUAUGCCAAUUCGGGUAAAGAGGGUUCUCGUGUUAUAGACAAUUAUAAUUUAUUAUUUGCGAUUUUAAUUCAUCAUUCCAUGACAACUAUGAUGUUGACGGUCUUAACAUUCCCCAUAGAAAUGUCUAUAUUACUAAAGGAACACUUUAAUCGUUGGUAUUCUUUGAAAGCCUAUUAUACAUCAAUCACUUUGCUAGAUCUUCCCAUAUCGAUUGUUGGCAGUUUAUUGUUUACCAUUAUUAUCUAUCUAUGGAGUUAUCAGCCCAUGGAAUGGUUUAGAUUUUGGAUGUUCUUUGCCAUUAGUGUUCUUACCGUGUUUGUGGGUCAAAGUUUUGGUCUAAUGAUUGGUGCCUGGUUCGAUGUAGUGAAUGGUACUUUCUUGGCUCCCGUCCUAACCAUACCCAUGAUGAUGUUUGCUGGUUUUGGUGUAACACUACAUGAUAUGCCCGGCUACUUACAAUGGGGCAGUCAUAUUUCAUAUCUGCGCUAUGGUUUAGAGGGUUUUGUGGGUGCCAUUUGGGGCGAAAAUCGUGGUACAUUGGAGUGUGAAGAAGCCCCCUAUUGCCAUUAUCGUUAUCCCCGUAAAUUUUUGGAAGAAAUUACCAUGCGUGGCGAUCAGUUCUGGAAUGAUAUUAUUGCUUUGUGCAUAAUUGUUCUGAUAUUUAGAAUAGCUUCAUUUGUUAUACUUAGGGCCAAAAUUAAGUCGGUUAAGUAAAUAAUUCUUUUUUACAAUUAAAUUGUUGUGUGCAAUAAAAUAAUUAAUGCAAUGUUAAAGUGUACAUAUGUAAUUAUGUAUGUAGUUUAAAUUUUUUAUAAUUAUUUUAAUUUUAUUUCAUUUUUUUUAAAUUAAAUUUUUUGUUUUUAUUUUGUGUAUUUUAUUUGUAUUUUUAAUUUUAAUAAUUAAUCUUUUUAUUAGUCAUUAUUAUAAUUAUUUUAAUUACGAAAUUUGUUUUUUAUUAAAUUAAAACUAUUAAACAUAAUUAAAUUUAUAUGUACUUGUCAUAUACCAAUACGUUCAUUAAGACUGACAGAGUUUUAACAAAUGUUUUGUGAACGUGUAAUUAAAUAAAAACUGUAUGUAAUUAUGUUUGUAUUAUUUUUUAAAUAAAAUUACAAAAAAAUAAUUAACAUUUUUUUGUUUAAAUUUGAA